AUGGCAAUGGAGGAGUUGCGUGAUGCUCAGCUCGCUUUACCUAGGGAGAAAUCUCUUCAAGGUGAGGUACCUGACAGUCUGAGGGCUUUGCGCGGUUUAGAAUAUUUGGAUCUUUCCCGGAAUAACCUUUCGGGGAUGAUUCCAAGAUUUCUUGUCGAGUUUCGCUUGUUGUAUCUCAACAUUUCUUUCAAUGAGCUGCAAGGUGAAGUCCCAAGUCUUGGAGUUUUCCAAAAUGAAAGUGCAAUCUCACUUAAAGGAAACCAAGGCUUGUGUGGAGGUAUUGCAGCCCUAAACCUUCCUUCUUGUCCAUCAUCACCAAAAUCAAAGAAGAAAGGUUUAGGUAAAAUCUUGAUCCCAACUGUUGCUGGAGCCCUAUGCCUAGCGCUUGCAGCGUGCAUAUGCGUGAUCAUGUACAACCGACGAACAUUUCAAAUUGCUGGAAGCCCCAUAUUCCAAGUGCCAGGCUUUUUGAGGCUAUCUUACGCAGAUCUCUUGAGUGCCACAGAUGGAUUCUCAGAGACAAACCUACUUGGUGCAGGGAGAUUUGGAUCAGUAUAUAAAGGAACUAUCAAUGAUGAUGAUGAGUGGACGAAUGUUGUAGCAGUGAAGGUUCUAAAUCUUAACUUAAAAGGAGCUUCUAAGAGUUUGGCAACAGAAUGCAAUGCAUUGAGAAACAUUAGACACAAAAAUGUGCUCAAGAUUGAAUUUAUGGCCAACGGAAGCCUCGACAAUAGGCUGCAUUGCGAUCCCGAGAAUGAAUACCGAGCUCUCAGUGCCAUUCAAAGACUGAAUAUUGCAAUUGAUACUGCAUCUGCAGUUGAGUACUUGCAUUUUGGUACUGACUCCAUAGUUAUUCAUGGAGAUUUGAAGCCGAGUAACAUUCUCUUGGAUAAAGACAUGGUCGCCAAAGUUGGUGAUUUUAGUUUAGCCAAAAUUGUUUCACAGAGCUUGCCAUUCACGGAAGGAAGCAGUUCAUCAGCAAUAAAGGGUACCAUAGGCUACAUUGCUCCAGAGUAUGGCAUGAGCUACGUUGCAUCAACACAUGGGGAUGUAUACAGUUACGGAGUUCUAGUGCUUGAGAUGUUCACAAACAGAAGGCCAACAAGUGAUGCAUUCGAAGGGUGUCUAAAUCUCCAAGACUUCGUUAGCACAGCCUUGACAGGCCGUGUAACAGAAGUAGUGGAUCCAUUUCUGCACCAAGAACUUAAUGUGGAUGAAACAUAUUGGGAUUGUAUUGUUUCAAUUCUAAGGAUUGGAGUGAGAUGCUCGAAGCAGCUUCCAAGAGAUCGCAUGUCGAUGGCAGAGGUUGUUAAUAACUUGAAAAAGAUUAAAAAAGUGUUUCCAGUUUAUAGAAAUGGCAGAAAUGUUGCUUCUUACCAACGUUGA